AGAGAGAGGGCUGUUUGAAGUGCUCGGCACAAUUCAGCUUGGACCCAUUCACUUCCUUAUUGUGGUUGUGUUGGUUUUGUUGUUGGCUCUCAAUUGCCAUAUCUUCUCGACAAUAUUCUAGCUAGCUAUUGUGGUAUCAGGCAGCAGCAGCAAGCAAGUGCAGUCAAGUCAAGAUGGUGUUCCAUGAUGAAGUUGAUCAGGAGUCGAGCACGGAGCUCACCCUGGCGUCAUGUUCGCAACAAUUCGGGGAUGCCUCCUUCGAAGCCGUUGACGUAGAGGAGCCAAGAAAGCCUAUUGCCCACUUUGAUCGCAGCGAAGUCAAAUUGGGCAAGCAAAUCGGCGAGGGCUACUUUUCCAAAGUGUACGAGAUUAAUGGAUUUCAGCUUGAUCAUCAUGGUAAUGACCACUACUACUCUCCCGAGGAACAGGAGUUGCGACAAGCCUAUCACCAGCAAGUGGCGGAUGCCAAUGGCAGCGGUCGGUUUGUGUUGAAGCACUUGAAGCCUCGCUUACUCCAAGCGGGAAGAAAUGAUUUUGAAAAUGCUGUUGUGGAUCUCGUCGCCGAGGCUACGUUUCUACAGCAACUGCAGCAUCCCAACAUUUUGUCCUUGAAGGGUCUGGCCAGAGGAGGGACCGACGCCUUUCGAGGAGGGACAUACGAAAGUUACUUUCUCAUUACAGAGCGUCUUUCCGAAACACUAGCACAACGAAUCCAUCGUUGGAGGAAACAACUACAAAAGGGGGGCACUGAUAAAAAUGAUGGCAGCAAUAAAACUACAAGCACGCAACGUUUGGGUGCCAAAUGUCACUAUGCUCUACAAAUUGCCCAGGCAUUGAGGUACCUUCACCACCACCAGCUCAUAUUUCGCGAUGUCAAAACCGACAACAUUGGCUUUGCACAAGAUGACCCGGACAAAAUACAGCUCUUUGAUUUUGGACUCUGUCGCAAGCUGCCAGAGUCCAACCAGCUCGACGAUGUCUUUCGCAUGUCGGGGGGAGUGGGAACAAGGCGGUACUGUGCAGUGGAAGUCUGUCGGCAUCAGCCGUACAAUGCUAAAGCGGAUACGUAUUCGUGGGGCAUUGUAUUUUGGGAACUUUUGACGUUGCAAAAGCCCUUUGCUGACUUUACCAAAGAAGACCACUACAAGUUUGUCUGUGAACUCGGUGGGACACCGAACCUCUCUCGUCAUUCCAAUGUCAUUCCCCCAUCGAUUCAAACUAUGCUCCGACAUUGCUGGGCUAGAAAUGUAUCAAAACGAUGGACGAUGGCACAAGUGUGUGAUUCAUUGCAAGAUAUUAUACACACGGAUGAUGACUUACAAUAUCCAAGAGCCGCAGAGCCACGACAAGACAGGUUGGCAUUGCAACAGCAUCGGCAGUCAUCUUUUGUGUGGAGAGGGACGAGACGAAGAAGCAAGGUUACGGUGGCGGCAUGAGCGAGCAGCAAAACAAGAGCCAAAGCGCUGGAUCUUUUUGGGAUCACGCUGCAGAUAUCGCUCCUUUUCAGCUUGCGACCCAGUUCAUAAAAUAACAUACAUGUACAUAGCACUUAUCUUACUU